CAUUCUUUAAAGCGUAGAAGAAGAAACGCACCAAACCAAAGCGGAAGUACUGCCUGUUUUCACUCAUAUAUCCAAAAAUGUGGAACGUAUUGAUGUGAUUUAAAACAGAAACAAUGUUUUGCACUAAGUUGAGCAGGCGGAUAGCUCUCACCGCCGCCAGAAGCAAUCUCUGCGUGUUAAACUGCUCACUCCGGACUGAAACAGCUGCAAGUAGAGAUGAUUUUCACAUGCAGCCCAGACCAGCCCCAAGAAGAGGCUUUUCCAGCAAAGCUGGGACCACCCGAGUGGUUCUGACACAACUCAGUGGGAUAAGAUCUUUCAGCCUCUCGCCGUCCGCUAUUGUGAACUCUGCACCUGCCUUCGUGCAGCCGUACCUCCGCCUGAUGAGGCUGGAUAAACCCAUUGGAACAUGGCUGCUCUACCUUCCUUGUACUUGGAGCAUCGCUCUGGCUGCAGAGCCCGGAUGCCUUCCGGAUCUGGGAAUGCUGGCCCUGUUUGGAACCGGAGCCGUGCUGAUGAGAGGCGCCGGCUGCACCAUCAAUGACAUGUGGGAUAAAGACUUCGACAAACAAGUUGCCAGGACAGCUUCCCGACCCAUCGCGUCCGGGGACAUUUCCCAAUUCCAAGCUUUAGUUUUCCUGGGAGGGCAGCUCUCUCUUGCACUCGGGGUUCUUUUGUGCCUCAACUACUACAGCAUCGCUCUGGGCGCCUCUUCCUUGUGUCUCGUCAUCACGUACCCGCUGAUGAAGAGGAUCACUUACUGGCCUCAGCUGGUGUUGGGGCUGACCUUUAACUGGGGCGCUCUGCUGGGCUGGGCCGCGGUGAGGGGCUCCUGUGAUUGGUCCGUGUGCCUGCCGCUCUAUUUCUCCGGAGUGAUGUGGACGCUGAUUUAUGACACAAUAUAUGCUCACCAGGAUAAGGAGGAUGACGUCAAGGUGGGAGUUAAAUCCACGGCCCUGAGGUUCCAGGAUCAGACUAAACUCUGGUUAAGUGGUUUCACGGCGGCCAUGAUGUCCGGUCUGGUUGUAGCCGGGGUCAAUGCUGAGCAGACGCUGCCGUACUACGCUGCUCUCACCGCGGUGGCCCUUCACCUAACUCACCAAAUUUACUCGGUGGACAUCAACAAAGCAGAAGACUGCUGGAAGGAGUUCAGCUCAAACAGAAACCUCGGCCUCUUGCUGUUGUUUGGAAUUGUUGCUGGAAAUUUCUGGAAAAAGUCUAAAGAAACUGAUGGAAAAUAAGACACUUAACCAAACACUGUGUUUUUUUAUUAUUGUGAUUGUUUUUGUGUUUUUUAGAAAUAUAAAAUAUAUUUAUUGAUAUGUGGAGUUUUUCUGUAGCCGUACUGCUUUGUUUCAGCGCUCCAACAAUUCUAAAGGGAUCUGGGUCUUUGGUCACAACUCACUGCUUUUCUUUGGCUCCAUGUUAUUUUCAGAGAAAUUCCAGAGUUUCUGUGAUCCAAAACACUCUGGCAUUGUCAUCAGAACAUAAUGAAACUUUGAACAAUUAUUGAGUUUUAAUAAACGUUAAAAUCAAGAUAA